AUUUUACGCGUAGUGAAUUGCCACGCGCUGGCCGUGGGACGUCAGAACAUGGCGUUUUUGUGGAAAAGAAAGUUGGAUAGCGCGAGUGAUUGCUUCUGAGUUUUCGUGGCUUUGUGGGGAAAAUGAGUGAAUUCUUCAAGUCAGCUAUAGGAUACUUUAACACAGGGACGAAUGGUGGUCAGGAGAAUGAGUUUGUGGGCCAAGUGGUGGAAGUGGGCGCCCUGAAAUUGCGAAUAAAGCGAGUGAUCGCUGAAGGCGGAUUCGCGUUUGUGUAUGUGGCGCAGGACACUCAAUCUGGCGCUGAGUAUGCCCUGAAGAAGCUCAUUGGCGCCGACAAGGAGGCGUGCAACACCAUCAUCAAGGAGAUCAACAUCCACAAGCAGCUGUCCGGGCAUCCCAACAUCGUCACGUUCGUGGCGGCGUCAUUCAUCGACCGGACGCAGAGCGCCCAGGGAAAUGCGGAGUAUCUCUUGGUCACGGAGUUGUGCAAAGGCGGCACGCUGGUCGAUUGUCUGGGCAGCGCUCUAGAACCGCCCACAGUUCUCCGUGUCUUCUAUCAAGCGGCACGUGCAGUCAGUCAUCUGCACUCGCAGCAUCCACCAAUAACCCACAGAGAUAUAAAGAUUGAGAACUUCCUCCUGGCCAAUGACGGCCUGCUGAAGCUGUGCGACUUCGGGUCCGCCACCACGGACAUCUACACGCCGGACAUGUCGUGGUCGGCACAGCAGCGGAACAACCUGGAGGAUCAGCUGGCCACGGUGACGACGCCGAUGUAUCGAUCGCCAGAGCAGCUGGACACUUGGGCCAACUAUCAAAUAGGCCCCAAGGCAGACGUGUGGGCGCUGGGAUGUAUCCUCUACUGUCUGUGCUUCCAGAAGCACCCCUUCGAGGACUCCGCGAAGCUGAGGAUCAUCAAUGCCAACUACACGCUGCCCGGAGACUCACGCUACGUCUGCUUCCACGAUAUCAUCAAAGGAUGUCUUCAAGUGGAUCCCAAUAAGAGAUUCGACAUUUCCACUGUGCUGGAGAGAUUAGCUGCUAUUUCCGAGUCGAUGGAGUGGUCGCUGAAGGGUCCGUUGGGGCUGCAGGGCAAACCUCUGCACACGCCUCCGAGUGAAACACCGAAUCCGAGUCCUGUUCAUGCGCCCAACCGUCCAGCGCAGCCUCCGCGGCCGACUCCACCUCAAGCAUCACCCGUUCCGCCGCAUCGUCCAGCGCCUCCGCGUCCCAGCGAACUUCCCCGGCAGCCAGCACAAAUGCCCGUCAAUCCGGCGGAUCCUUAUCAACAUCACGGCGGCGGAGGGCUGUUCUCGUCGCUGCGCGGCGGCGCGGGAAGCUUCCUGAAGAACCUGAAGGACACGUCGUCCAAGGUGAUGCAGACGAUGCAGCAGACAAUUGCACGCACAGACCUGGACAUUAGCUACAUCACAUCACGAAUAGUCGUCAUGCCGUGUCCGUCGGAGGGCCUGGAAUCUGCCUACAAGACGAACAACAUCGACGACGUGAAGCUGUAUUUGGAGAGUCGACACUCGCUGGCCAAGAUGAGCAUCUACAAUUUGGGUGCGCGAACGUGUCCGCGACUUCCGCCACCUGUUCGGACGGUGGAGUGCAGUUUUAUGUAUUCGCCGGCGCCGCCCAAGGCGCCUCUUCUGCACGCCAUGUACUCAAUUGCCGAGGACAUGUACGGAUUCCUGAGUGCAGAUCCCAAGAGUGUGGUGAUUAUUCAGAGUACAGACAAUGGCAGAGCCACAGCGGCCACAAUGGUGAGUGCUCUGCUGAUCUAUGCGAGUCUCGUGCGUGAGCCUGAAGAUGCCAUGCAGAUAUUUGCCGUGAAGCGAACGCCGCCGAAUAUGAAGCCGUCGGAGCAGCGAUAUUUGUACUAUUUGGGCGAUAUUCUGCGCACCACUCCGCACUUUCCACACUUCAAGCCCGUCACUCUUGUCUCUGUCACGGUUUCACCGGUGCCCAGGAUGACGAAGGCCCGCGAUGGGUGUCGAAUGUAUGUGGAGGUGACUUGCCAUGAUCGCGUAGUCUUCUCCACGGUGCAGGAGUACGAGAAGAUGCGUCUGUAUCACGCUUCCGAGGGAAAGGUGUCCAUUCCGCUGAAUGUGACUGUUUGUGGUGACAUCACAGUGUCUGUAUUCCAUGCCAGGAAUGCCCUCAAGGGCAUGGGACGACCACAAGGCCUGAAAGUAUGUCAAUUCCAACUCCACACUGGCUUCAUACCGGAAGAGGAGACUCUUUUGCACUUUGACAAAGCGGAAUUGGAUGAUGUUCCCGAUGUGGAGCACGUGCCGAUGAAGUUCCAUGUGGCGUUGAGCAUCUUUGUGGGUGACAUGGAGAGAAUGCCGCAAAUCACCUUGCCGUGGAUGACAACUAAGCCGGCCAGAGAUCCGCUGAAUCUCUUCAGCAAUGCUCUGGAGUACGAAGAGACGGUGGAUAAUUUCAUUUCCAAGCCGAAAUCUGGUCCAGGCGCUCCUCCGCGUCCUGCUCCACCGCCGGCUGUGGCUCAGCCGCCGCCUCGUCCGCCGCCAGCUAUGCCACAGCGUCCUGACAUUGAGCCGGUAGAAUUGUCGGACACUGAAGAGGAAGAGCCCGAGCAGUUGUCGAGCAUUAAGAAUGUGGAUCUGCUGAAUUUGGCCAGGGGCGAGCGCAGAGAGAGUGCAGAAGAGCCGCCGCCUGUGCGUCAGGAGGCCAGUUUUGAUCUUCUGGGCAGUUUUGACUCUCACGAUGCCGAUGGGGAUUUGCUGCCGCCCACAAAUGGCAUGAAGAAUCCUAUUCCCGAUCUGUUGGGCAACACGCAGAACGCUUCAUCGAAUGCCAAUGGACUGGAUGACUUGUUUGGCUCAAUUAAGACGAAUCAGCAGCAAUCUAGUCAAAUGCCGGAGGACUUGAAUGGAUUGAAUUUGAACUUCAACGCAAAUUUCCCGCAGAAAUCAUCGCCCAGCAAUGGCGGGGAGACUUUUGAUCCCUUCGCGGGCAACUUCACGGCACCCACAAUGCCUCUGCAGCCCAACAAUUCCGCCUCGGCAGCGCCGAAGGAGCCUCAAGCGGCGCCACCACAGAAGCCGGAUCCAUUCUCAGAUCUGGGCAACUUGGCGAGUGGCUUGAAUGUGAAUUGGGGCGGCGGAAAGACGAGCACAACGCCCAGUCCACGAUCGACGCAAUUCUCCAGUCCGACGCACCAGUUUGCUGCGACUCCGUCGCCGCGGGCGCCGUCCACGCCCAGCCAUCAGACGGCCAAGAGUCCGGGUGAGCAGAAGCCGGACUACAGCCGGUCGCACUUCGCCGAGACGCCGCCGAAUGCGGGCGCACAGAAGGGGGCGAAGAGCAAUCCGGGAAGUGGUGACAUUUUCGCUGACAUUCUGGGGAGUCAAGGCUACACGUUCGGCAGCAAGAGCUCCCAAGGGCCGCGUUCAAUCAACGAAAUGCGCAAAGAGGAAAUUGCGAGAGAUAUGGAUCCGGACAAAUUGAAGAUUAUGGAAUGGACGGAGGGGAAGAAGAGCAACAUCCGGGCUCUGCUCUGCUCGAUGCACGCCGUGCUGUGGCCGGAUGCGAAGUGGAACAAGUGUGAGAUGCACCAGCUGGUGAGCGCGGCGGAUGUGAAGAAGGCGUACAGGAAGGCCUGCCUGGCCGUUCAUCCCGACAAGCAAAUGGGAACUGACAAUGAGAAGAUAGCGAAGAUGAUUUUCAUGGAGUUGAAUAAUGCAUGGAGUGACUUCGAGAAUGACGCAUCUCAGCAGAAUAUGUUUCCAAAUUGAGAUCAUCGAGCGGAGAGAGAAUUGGCUUGAAAUUAUUAACUUCUUUUGCCACGUUUAGAAUUUAUGAUUCCUUUUUUUCAAGUCAUUUUGUGGUUGAACAUUUUCUUUUUCUGAGAUUAGGCAAUUUUUAAUUUAAUUAAACAAUCACACAAGUAGUUUAAUCCUGUAUGAAAGAUAUAAUUUAUAUUGAAAUAGGAUUGACUGUGAUGAAAUGUUAAUUAUAGAGAGAGAGGGAGAGGUGCGAGAAGGACAAAAAGGUGGAAGGAAAAUGCAUUUAGGCGCGUGAAAUGCAGAUUGUACUCUUUUAGGUAAUUAUUAUGAAUUAUAUUUCUUCCCGCCCUUUUUGACUUUUAGGAGAGAUGCGCUAGGAAUGAAGUUUAGGAAGAGGAUGAAUCAAUAAACUAUUAUAUUGUGCAUUCCAAAUUGUAUUUUCAAUUGGAUUCCUUAUUCUUGGCUCUUAUUUGAUUAUAUCUAAAUGAAAUUGUACUUAAAGUAUUUGACUGAUUAUUGCAAUGCGAGAAUUAGGAUGUAAUUUAUAAUUUUAUGCAAUUGGAGAAGUAUUUUAUCAAAAUGUUCUUUCUGAAAUGAAGGCAAAUUCCACAAAGAAAAAUCUUCGAGGCUGUUUUCAUUGUCUCACAAAAAGCCGCAAACAUGUUAUGCUUUACCCAUGAAAUUGUUGAAAAAAUUGAUAAUACAAGAUAUAAAAGAUGAAAAAUUAAUUGGGUUAACAAUAACAAAUAUACACAUAAAUAUAUUGAAAAUAAUAAAAUGUGUUAUAUCGAUAAA